UGCUUGCUUUGCAUCACACACUCACUCGCUGACCCUUCCGUGAUCGAACUCUCAACCAAGCACUUUGCUUUUCUUCUUCUUCUUCCUUCUACUUUCUUUCUUUCUCGUGCUCAGAUCGUAAUUCACAAGCGACCUGUUUUCCUGCAACCUACCCGCUCUUUCUUCAUCUGGGUCUCACGGGAUUUGCUUUGGUUCCUCCUUUUUUCUUCUUUUUUAUUUUUUUUCCCCAAUAUAUAAUUUAUUAUUAUUAUUAUUAAUAGAGUUUGAAUUCUACUUCAAUUGGUUUUAUAGUCCUUCUGAAACUCACUUUGUUCUACACCUUUCUCCUUCCGGAUUUACUUUUCUUUUUUUUCAUUAUUAAUAGCAUGCAUAUCUGGGUUGGUUAAAAAGUCAAGAGGCAGAGCAGAGCAACCCAGAAACCAAGCGAGUGAGAGACAGAGACAGAGAGAGAUAGAGGAAAAGAGACAGACAGAGACAGAGAAGGUGCCCAUGGCUUCAAGGAACUUGGAGAAGAUGGCUUCAAUUGACGCACAGCUGAGGCUGCUGGCACCAGGGAAGGUGUCCGAGGAUGACAAACUGAUUGAGUAUGAUGCUUUGUUAUUGGAUCGCUUCCUUGACAUUCUUCAGGAUUUACAUGGAGAGAGUCUCAGAGAAACGGUGCAAGAUUGUUAUGAACUUUCUGCAGAAUAUGAAAGAAAGCAGGACCCUAAAAAGUUGGAGGAACUUGGGAAGGUUCUAACGAGUUUGGAUCCUGGGGACUCGAUUGUCAUUGCUAAGUCCUUUUCUCACAUGCUUAACUUGGCCAAUUUGGCCGAGGAAGUUCAGAUUGCUUAUCGAAGGAGGAUCAAGUUGAAGAAGGGAGACUUCGCUGAUGAGGCUUCAGCUACUACAGAGUCAGACAUUGAAGAGACUCUCAAGAGGCUUGUGGGAGACCUGAAGAAGUCCCCGGAAGAAGUUUUUGAUGCCUUGAAGAACCAGACUGUAGAUUUGGUCCUAACAGCACAUCCUACUCAGUCUGUUCGAAGAUCCUUGCUUCAAAAGCACGCAAGGGUAAGAAAUUGUUUGACACAGUUGUAUGCUAAGGACAUUACACCUGAUGAUAAACAGGAACUCGAUGAGGCUCUACAAAGAGAGAUUCAAGCUGCAUUUCGUACAGAUGAAAUCCGAAGGACUCCUCCAACCCCUCAAGAUGAGAUGAGAGCGGGAAUGAGCUACUUUCAUGAGACAAUUUGGAAAGGUGUACCGAAAUUCUUACGUCGUGUUGACACUGCUUUGAAGAACAUAGGGAUAAAUGAACGUGUUCCUUACAAUGCCCCUCUCAUUCAAUUUUCUUCUUGGAUGGGUGGGGACCGUGAUGGAAACCCCAGGGUCACUCCUGAAGUUACACGGGAUGUAUGUUUAUUGGCUAGAAUGAUGGCUGCUAACUUGUACUUCUCCCAGAUAGAGGAUCUUAUGUUUGAGUUAUCUAUGUGGCGCUGCAAUGAUGAGCUUCUUUCUCGUGCUCAUGAACUUCAUAGGUCUUCAAAGAAGGAUGCGAAACACUAUAUAGAGUUUUGGAAGCAAAUUCCUCCAAAUGAGCCUUAUCGCGUUAUUCUUGGUGAUGUAAGAGACAAGCUAUACAGUACACGUGAACGUGCUCGCCAAUUGUUAGCCAAUGGAAUCUCUGAAAUUCCUGAGGAAACAACCUUUACAAAUGUUGAACAGUUCCUGGAGCCACUCGAACUGUGUUAUCGGUCACUCUGCUCUUGUGGCGAUCGGCCAAUUGCUGAUGGAAGCCUUCUUGAUUUCUUACGGCAAGUUUCCACUUUUGGGCUCUCUCUUGUGAGACUAGACAUACGGCAAGAAUCAGACAGGCACACUGAUGUCCUCAAUGCUAUAACAAGGCACCUGGAGAUUGGGUCUUAUCGAGAAUGGUCUGAGGAACGUAGACAAGAAUGGCUCUUGUCUGAGCUUAGUGGCAAGCGCCCCCUUUUUGGUUCUGAUGUUCCCAAGACUGAAGAAAUUGCUGAUGUGCUGGACACAUUCCAUGUCAUUUCAGAACUUCCCUCAGACAAUUUUGGUGCUUAUAUUAUCUCAAUGGCAACAGCACCAUCUGAUGUGCUUGCUGUUGAGCUUUUGCAACGUGAAUGUGGUGUGAAGAAACCACUAAGGGUUGUCCCAUUGUUUGAGAAGCUUGCUGAUCUUGAGGCUGCUCCUGCUGCCGUGGGCCGUCUCUUUUCAAUAGAUUGGUACAAAAACAGGAUCAAUGGGAAGCAAGAAGUCAUGAUAGGAUACUCAGAUUCAGGAAAGGAUGCUGGCCGUCUAUCUGCAGCAUGGCAGUUAUACAAGGCUCAAGAAGAGCUCAUAAAGGUUGCGAAACAAUAUGCGGUUAAGCUUACAAUGUUUCAUGGUCGAGGUGGAACAGUUGGACGAGGAGGGGGGCCCACCCAUCUUGCUAUAUUGUCUCAGCCACCAGACACAAUUCAUGGUUCACUUCGUGUUACAGUUCAAGGUGAAGUUAUUGAACAAUCAUUUGGGGAGGAGCACUUGUGCUUUAGAACACUCCAGCGUUUCACAGCAGCUACACUUGAGCACGGAAUGCAUCCUCCUGUUUCACCAAAGCCCGAAUGGCGUGCACUAAUGGAUGAGAUGGCUGUCAUUGCAACAAAGGAAUACCGUUCAAUAGUUUUCCAGGAACCUCGUUUUGUUGAAUACUUUCGCCGUGCAACACCAGAGAUGGAGUAUGGCCGGAUGAACAUUGGGAGUCGUCCUUCAAAACGAAAGCCGAGUGGAGGCAUUGAAUCACUACGUGCAAUCCCAUGGAUAUUUGCUUGGACCCAGACAAGAUUUCAUUUACCGGUGUGGCUUGGGUUUGGGGCAGCAUUUAAGCAUGCUAUUGAGAAGGAUGCGAAAAAUCUCCAUAUGCUUCGAGAGAUGUAUAAUCAGUGGCCUUUCUUCAGAGUGUCGAUUGAUUUAAUUGAGAUGGUGUUUGCCAAGGGCGACCCGGGUAUUGCCUCUCUGUAUGACAAGCUGCUUGUGUCAGAAGACCUAUGGUCAUUUGGAGAGAGAUUGAGGGCCAACUAUGAAGAAACUAAGAGCCUCGUCCUCCAGGUCGCUGGACAUAGGGCUCUUCUGGAAGGAGAUCCUUAUUUGAGGCAGAGACUCCUCCUCCGUGACUCUUACAUCACCACACUUAAUGUGUGCCAAGCCUAUACACUCAAGCAGAUUCGUGAUCCGAACUACCAUGUUAAAGUAAGGCCGCACUUGUCAAAGGAGUACAUGGAAACAACAAGCAAGCCAGCGGCAGAGCUCGUAAAGCUUAAUCCAACAAGCGAGUAUGCUCCUGGACUAGAAGACACACUUAUUUUGACCAUGAAGGGUAUUGCUGCUGGAAUGCAGAAUACCGGCUGAAGUUUAGGUAUCUUGUAUUUCAGUAACUUAUGUUGGAACGUAUGAAGUAUUGUACGAAAUGGAUGCUCUCUGCUUAUAAGUGCUCUAAACCUCUAUCGAAUAAAAACUUAUGUAAUAAGUUUAAUAAAAAUAGCGUUUUGGUUUGUGUGAACCAGAAUUUUCCUUCU